AUGGAUUCUUUAAAAAGUGAGUUGAAUUUUCGUCAAAAUUUCAAAAGUUAAUUUAAAAUAUUCAGGAAAAGAUGCGAUAAUGGAAGGUGAUAUAGAAGAAGUUAUUCAAAGAAUGGGAAGCGAAAAUAUGGAAGAAAUUGUAGAAGAAUUGGUGGAUUCAUAUCAAGGAACAAGUCAAAUAUGCAAUAUAAUGUGUGGAAUGUUAGAUAAACUUGGUGAUCCCUCACCAAGUAAGCGAAAUAGUACGGAUUCUACACAACCCGAAUCGUCGAAUUUCAGUGGAAGAAAAGAAUCGAUGCAGGUUGUGGAGGAAGCGUAUAAUCAACUUAUAUUCAAAAAAUUUCAACCCGAACUCGCUGAUCAUUUGUUGAAUAACGGAAAAGAGGAUCUUGAAUGGUUGUCGAAAAUGAUUUUGAAUAAGAAAUGGAGACUAACAUUAUAUAAAUUGAUGGAAAACCAUGAACAAUGCGAAUUUUUGAAGCAUGUUGUGAAAUUGAUAUCCGAUGCAGGAUAUCGAAAUGAAAUGAGUAAUGUAAAUUGUGCCGCUCAGCAACUGAAUAUGUUCUCAAAAGUUUUUGUAUCUGCGUUAGAUGAUGUUUUGACGAAUUACAAAAAAGCUGGAUAUACAGAAGCGAUAGAGAAACUUCGAAGAAUUGCAUUGCAAGGAAUGCACACUUAUUUAUAUUCGAUAACUCUUUUACGAUCAACAGCCAACGCAAAAGGUGGAUGGAUUCGAGCAGCUUGUGAAUUUAUUCAAGACGAGUUGAAAAGCGCCGCAAUUAUUCCAAGAGAUUCUGCAAAUGUUUUGCAACUACGAAUGUCUUCGAAACCAUUUUCUAAUAAAUAUUCGCGAUCUAUUUUGAGUGAGUUUUUGUUUUAUAAUUCCACAUAUCCUGAAAUCUAAUUUUCACGAUUCAUUUUUUUUGUCAUAAUCGUAAUAACCUCAUGAUCCCCAAUUAAUUUUUUCAUUUGUCAAUUAAAAAAAAACUCAAAAUUGACAUUUUCAACAGAUUUCCCGAGGUGUAGAAUAUGACAAUAUCAAAAAAGAAAAUGUUUUUUCAGGUCUUGCAAACACGAAUACAAAUCAGAUCUCUACAACGAUCUCGCUAAUUCAUGAACAAUUCAUGGCAUCACCGCCACCACCAAUCAAUGUUUUAAGAGAUCCUGUAAUCUUGAAUUAUUUGGUCGAUAUUUUAUUCGAUGCAAAAGGUGUGAAACUUCAGACAGAGAGCGAUGAACUUCGGAUAAAAUGUGUUUAUUUGUUGGCUUAUGCUGCUGCCACGAUUGUUGAUGAGAACACUAAUGUGCAUGAUGUAAGUGUUUUUAUUGAUAAACCAUUUUUCGGAAAACAUUUGUCAGAGUUUUUACUGUAAAAAUUUGAUAAUAAUUUCUUUUUAAUUUUAUUUAAUACGAAAGUCCUUUCACGAAAAAUGGUUUCAGUGAAUUAUUUUAACUGUAAUUUCAAUGGUAUAUUCAAAUUCGAUGAAUUUUCUCUCUGAUGUGAAAUUCAACAUUUUAGGACUUCAUUAAAUUUUCCAAUUUUCGGCCAAAUGUGAAAAUCUAUUUUCCAUUCCUGCCCGAGUAUAGAAAAUAUCAAUAAAAAAUUUUUUACAGACCAGCUCAUUGGAGAAUUGUCAGGCUGAAAUCGAAAACGUACUUGGAUAUCUCGAUUGUGAAGAUUGUUUGAUUGUAUUAUUUCAACAUUUCCUUGAAUCAUGUGAAACUGCAGUAAUUGCUUGUGGAAUGCUUCAUUACUGUAAAACUCUUCUCACAAGUGAUACUUUAUGUUCAACAGAAACUAUCAAUUCAGCAUAUGUGAUAUUGGAUAAUAUUGCAACUCAUCAUCAACAUUUACGCGCUGAUGUUUUCGAUGCAUUCUGCGAGAUUUUUGAGAAAAUUGGCAAUGAGAAUAUGAAAACUGCGGCCGAAUUGAUAAUUGAAAGACAACGACUUGUUGUUGAUCGAUUUGUUCAUUUGUUAUCUGUUGGCGAAGUUAUACCGAUUUUGGACUGGAUGAAAUGGAUGGUUUCGGAAGAUUCUAUUGAUGUUUCGCUGGUUCGAUAUUUUCUUCUCGAAGUUUUGGACUUGAUCGGACCUCCAUACACCGCCGAAUUUGCUAAUUCUUUUCUAUGUUUGCUACAAAAUCAAGAUAUUUUUGAUCACGAACAAUUGGCCAAACAUUCAAUUGCUUCAGAAUUCAUCAAACAUUGUGCCAAUAUGUAA